AUGUCUGGCCCGGGCAGCAUGGCUAGCGGAGCGGCGGGCUCGGCCGAGGGGCCCGGGGACGCGACGCGGGCCCCAGAGCAGGCCCUGUUCCCGCCGGCAUUCAGCGUGUCCGAGAUCAAAAACAAGCAGCGGCGCCAUUUCAUGUUCCUGCGCUGGAAGCAGCAGCAGAGGAAGGAGAAAUUGGCAAAUAAGAAAAAACGGAGAAAGGAGAGAGAAGCCCUUGGAGAUGAGGCACCACCAAAGCCUGUACCGAAGACAAUUGAAAAUCAGAGAGUUUAUGAUGAAACAACUGUAGAUCCUAAUGAUGAAGAGGUUGCUUUUGACGAAUCUACUGAUGAGUUUGCACCGUACUUCAAUAGACAGACUGUUCCCAAGAUUCUUAUCACAACAUCAGAUAGACCUCGUGGGAGAACAGUGAGAUUCUGUGAACAGCUAUCUACUAUCAUACCUAACUCACAUGUUUACUAUCGAAGAGGACUGGCUCUGAAAAGAAUUAUCCCACAGUGCAUCUCACGAGACUUCACAGAUCUGAUCGUUAUUAAUGAAGAUCGCAAAAUACCAAAUGGACUUGUUUUAAGUCAUUUGCCUGAUGGUCCAACUGCUCAUUUUAGAAUGAGCAGUGUUCGUCUGCGUAAAGAAAUAAAGCGAAAAGGAAAGGAGCCCACAAAACAUCAACCUGAAGUAAUCCUGAAUAACUUUACAACACGACUGGGCCAUUCCAUUGGUCGCAUGCUUGCCUGUCUCUUCCCACAUGAUCCUCAAUUCAUUGGAAGACAAGUAGCUACAUUUCACAAUCAGCGAGACUAUAUCUUUUUUAGAUUUCACAGGUACAUCUUCAGGAGUGAAAAGAAAGUGGGAAUUCAAGAGCUUGGGCCACGAUUUACCUUAAAGCUGAGGUCUCUUCAAAAAGGAACCUUUGAUUCCAAAUUUGGAGAGUAUGAAUGGAUUCACAAGCACCGUGAAAUGGACACAAGUAGAAGAAAAUUCCACUUAUAAUGAUCAUCUAGUUCUACCUGAUUAAUAGGAGCGCAGAACUUUGAAUUCUUCUGUAACUAAAUUGAGUCUGGAUUUGGUCCUGUCAUCUCAAAUUCGUUGUUGUUAAACAUCAUCACUGAGCAAUGUUAUCUGCACAGGCAAGCAGACUACAGACACCUUCAAACUUUCUACAACAGAUAUUUUGAAACACGAUUGGUGUUGUCUUCAAUGUUCCCACUAGGCCUCAAUGCUGACCCACAAACCAGUGCUCUAAGGGUACGUCUAUGCAGCAGCUGGGAAGCAUGCUCCCGGUGCUGGUAGACAAACAUGUACUAACUCUGCAUGAGGUGGCAUGCUAAAAGCAGUGUGCCUGUGGGAGCGGCCUGGGCUAGCCACCUGAUCUUGCGAGAACUUACUCAGAUGGCUAGCCUGAGCUGGGGCUCAUGCCACCCCCACAUACACUUCUGUUUUUAGCACUCUAGUAUGAGCAGAGCUAAGGUAUGUUUGUCAACCUGCACUGGGAAGCAUGCUGUAGAAUGCUGAGUAGACAUAUCCUUUGAUUCAAAACUGGCAAAGUUUCCUAGAACGUGAGUAGCAGCUGCCAGUAGGAUGGACGGUAGAGACUGUAUCAUGACUACUGCAGUGCCUUAGUAACAAAGCUGUUUGGGAGUAACAUGAUUGGUUGUGCUCGAAGGUAAGUAGGCACAUUCUGUUAGUUAAAAUAGGUCAGACACAAACAAUGUUGCCCUGUUUCUGUAAAUUGUGCUUUAUCGUUGCCAUAACAGCUCUACUUCUACUGUUCCAAGAUCUGUGUUUCAUAACCAGAUUAGCUGUACUUGAAGAAAGGCCUUAUUGUGAGAGGUGGAGUAUGAAGGAAAAGAUAUCUCCCCAGAGACACGUAUAGUCUCUAAGACAGUUCAGUGUUAAAACAGGAUUCCAAAAAUGGAGCAAGUGUGUAUAUAUAGGUUGUAUCUUAACAUGAUUAAAUGCACACGCUGUCUGAACGGCAGCUGCUUCCAUUUGAGAAAUUUGCCUCUUGGUGCAACUACAGCCCUAAUCUGGAUGCUAAACAGCUAUUUAAUAGCUGGUUAGUGGUUUAACAAAUUGGUAAUCAAAGUCCACUUUGCAGACAAACGCUUUAAAUCAGCUAAAUGGGUGAGAGGAAUUGGGCUGUACAGUUUCCAAGAAGGAUUUGUGUAACUAAUCAAUAGGUCUUAUUUUGCUUUUAAGAAGUAAUAUGACAAUUAUGAAGAUACUUUAUUUAUCUUAGGUAGAAAAGAGCAAUGGUUCUUCUCUACUGAAAGUAAUGAGCAAAACAAAUCUUCACUGGCUUCAGCAUCUGAGCACCCACUUUGUAUGAGCAUGGAUGAUGUACUUAAGAAAUUUAGUGGUUUUGGCUUCAGUUGGAAUUGUUACAGGCAAGUGAUGUGGAAUACCCACAAUAUUUGAAGUCUCAGAUCUGAGUAUGCUUUAGUAAAUAUAUAACUAAAAUAACUUUGGAAAAGUAUCAAAGUCACAGUAUCAAAACAGCUCUACAGUAAUUCCAAAACAGAUUUAAGUCAAAACAUUUUUAUUUUUUGCUUGGUAUGUAAAACUGAUUCCCUCAUGAAGUAGAAGUUAUUGCAACUAGCGCACAGUUCAUUUGGAGAGGUAGAUGGUAAGAGGUUUGACAACAGUAGCGAUUUACACAGUUAACUUGGCACAUUGUUAAGGCUAAGCUUUUGUACAGACUUCAAACCAAGGCACUCCUUGAGUCACAUUCUCUCCACACAGAGCAGCUGUGAAAAGGUUGUAGAUCUGAAAGACCAAAAAAAAAGUGGUUAGAAAAAAGUAAUGAAAAUCUGUCUGUAUGCUUGAUGAAAGUACUCCCACAUAUAUCUCUUGUUAUAGAUUACACCAUAGACAAGCAGGUAUAAAUUAGUUUACCUUCACAGGUAGCUCAUGGGCCAAAGGGUGGUUUUCAUUGCCAUCACUCUUAGAAGUUUAUAUACUGUAAAUUCUCCCAGGUAGGAUGUUAUACAGCAGGGACUAAAGGCAGAAUCCAACUUGUACAAGUAAAUAGGGGGCUCAUUCUCCUGGGAGUGGAAUCUAUUAAACUGAGUGGUCUGAACUAGUUGCGCAGAAAAAAAAAAUUAUUCUACAGCAACAAUAGUUGCAAACUCUCUCCUCUAAAUACCACCUCUGCUUGGAGAUACCCAGGCUAUGUAGUGAGUGAGAGGGGGUAGCUACUGCCUUAUAGACCAAGGACAAUCACUUGCCUCACCACCUCCAAGUGUUCCUAACUUCUCUGGCUCAUCCUCAAAACAAAGUAGGGCUGACCCCAUAAAGUUUGCUGUUUGGAGAGGUUACAGGAAAACACUCUUUUACAGGUAGAAUGCCUAAACUGUUGUCCUAAGGACUUCUACUUGUGGUGUCUGCAGAAAGAUAUUUCAGUCCCACCCCAAGUUGUGAUGGUAGGGGCUGGGACUUGUAAUAAUUUAAAUUUUUUAUUUCCAAGGAAGGGGUAAGGUUUUUUUGAGUGGAGCAGGAAAAGGAGUUGAUUACCACUGCAUCUUAAUUCUUGGGUGUGGGUCUCAGGAAAAGCUUAGUAUAGAGGAGAAUCUUACACUGCCAAAUCUAUGCUCUUCCUCAGUGGUUCUCAAACUGUUGUACUGGUGACCCCUUUUCACACAGCAAUCCUCUGAGUGCAGACACCCCCCCCCCUUAUAAAUUAAAAACACUUUAAUAUAUUUAACACCAUUAUAAAUGCUGGAGGUGAAGCAGGGUUUGGGGUGGAGGCUGACAGCUUGUGACCUGCAGUUUGAGAACCCCUGCUCCAUAGACAAAAGACUUUAGGACUGGCAAACAGGAUAUUGUUCACUAGCACUAAAUUAUUUUCUUUGGUGAGGAAGUGAGAGCAGUAUAUUUUAGUGGAAAAGUUGACUGAAAAGUCAGAACUUUUUUUUAAAUAUACUCCAUAAUGAAUGUUGUAUACAUCUAAAAUGAAUGACCUGAUGGCAGCGUACUUUAUCAGAACAGGAACAACUUGUAUCAUUUUUUAUAGUUUAAAAACUUACCACUGAAAAAGACGCAAGAUAGUUCACCAAAUUACAAAAAUGAACAGACUUUCUGGGGUCUGAAUGGAUUUGUACUUGAAGACACUCCUGUCAGUAGGGGAUCAUGUUGUGCAUUCUGCAGACAGAACUGCUUCAAGUCUGCUGCGGCUUGAGAAACCUAGUAAUAAAGUAAAUUUUAAAUUAGCAUUCACAGCAAAUACUUUAGCUUGUAUGUAACCUUUUCUGUAAUGUAUGGAGGAUGCUAUGUUCAGUACAGUUAGAUUUUAUUACACACAAAACACUUGCAUUUUAGUUUUUGUUCAGAAAAACUAUAGCAUUCAGUAAUACUCUAUUUUAAGGGAGUUGGUCUUGUCUUCAGAUACUGGGUGCACAGUUCAGCACAUCGUUGAAAAUCAGCUCUUGGCUACUAUACAUACAGGUUCCUCAGGCUGAAGUAGCAUUGAACAUGCUAUGGGUAAUUUUUACAAGACAUGCAAUCAUACACCAGUGUCUGCCACCUAAUGCAAGCCCCAAGACAGUUUCACUUUAUACUUUUUCUAAGGGCUUGUCUUCACUGCAGGGUUAGCUCAAGGUGUAACAAGUGUUGACCCUAACCCAGCUCCUGUGCACAGACAAGUCUCUAGUUUCAGAAAAGUGGUGCUUUUAACUCCAAGUGGCUGAUUUGGCAAUGUAUAGGCUGACACUUGGUUGUUGCUAAGACUAGUAAAGCAGUGGGGACUCAACUACUCCAUGCUGCUAAUCCAAUCCUAUUGUGCUGCUCUAAUGUUGUUUUGCAGUGUGAUAACUCCUCUCACAUGAAUAAGCAUGAACUCGAUAAUUUAAGCUAACACUGAAGACAAGCCUUAAGAACAACAAGAGAUAUGUUAAUAAACCAUUUUGUAUAAAUACAUUGCUAAAGGAAUCUAUAUAUGCCCUCAAGAAUGUGAAAAAUCCACCCACUGUAUUAAAAUUUUCAGUUCCAAACUAAGCAAA